UACUGUUAUUCUCAGUUUGUGCGUACAACGGAUUCAAAUUCAAACCACUCAUCUAGUUAAUGUAGUUGUAGGCUAUUCUAGUUAUAGCAUAUGUGCUUAGUCCUUAUGUUUGAAUUGACUAAAAACGAGUCUAUUAUGAAAUGGUAUCGUUUUAUUAUCCCAUAUGAUAAACUCCAUAGCGCACUUGUUUAGGGAAUUUCCCUCCGUUAGGCUGUGUGGCUUUACGCUGACGGAUGAGGACAGCGACAGCUAAGCGCUUGCGUCGUCGUGUGGACCACUUGCCCUCUGACUGGAUGUUUGCGGGACAGUGUUAGCUUUAUUUAGGUAAUUAGUGCCUCUGUCCGUAACGCUCUCUACUGACUGCCACAAAUGCCUGAUCUCACUGGUGCUUUGCUUUUUGGUUUGUUGUUUGAUCUCUGACACAAGAACACCUUAAGUAAAAGAAACGCAUCCAUCAUGGUACUCUUCCAGCAGGUAUCUCCCAGGGAGCGCAAGAGUGGCAUGAGUUUAGGACCCAAGCUCUGAUUGAGAGGGGGAAUGAACAGCACUCCGCCUGGAUUAUGGUUGCUCAGGCCUCCGACGGUGAUAGGCCAGUUCCACACCCUGUUCUUUGGCUCUGUUCGGAUGUUCUUUCUGGGCGUCUUGGGCUUUGCAGUGUAUGGCAAUGAAGCUCUCCAUUUCAGCUGCGAUCCAGACAGGAGGGAGUUAAACCUAUACUGUUACAACCAAUUUAGGCCUAUAACACCUCAGGUAUUCUGGGCAUUGCAGCUGGUAACUGUUUUAGUCCCUGGAGCUGUAUUUCAUCUCUAUGCUGCCUGUAAAAACAUUGACCAGGAGGAAAUCCUUCAGAGACCUAUAUACACCGUCUUCUACAUAAUCUCUGUCCUACUAAGAAUUAUUCUGGAAGUCAUCGCUUUUUGGCUACAGAGCCAUCUCUUUGGUUUCCAGGUUCACCCACUCUACAUGUGUGAUGCCAGUGCCCUAGAAAAGACGUUCAACAUCACCAAAUGCAUGGUGCCGGAACACUUUGAAAAGACCAUAUUUUUAAGUGCAAUGUACACUUUCACUGUGAUCACGUUGCUGCUGUGUGUUGCUGAGAUAUUUGAGAUACUCUGUAGGAGAUUAGGUUACUUGACCAAUCAAUGACCUGUGUGUUAUUUGCUACAGAGUUCUAGGUCAUAUUUCAAAUUUCUGUUUGUCUUAUCCAGGUCUGACAUGGACACAAAGGCCGAAAACGACAUACCUCUGCUUUUUUUGUUGGGAGUUGACAAGCAAAGACACUUCUUUCCAUAAUCCCAUUGUUAAAAUCAAGUAACACAGAUUUAAAUCUACUUUUGUCAGUAGGCUAAGGAUAUAGUUGUAUCGUAUGCAGCUUUCAAUCAUUGGCCCAAGUAAGAAAGAAACCUGUUAUGAAAAAUUAUAGUUCUUGUACCCAGUGAAAAGUAUUAUAGCAUUGUUGUAGUCUUCUUAGGGGCCUAUAGACAUAUAAUGUUGUCUAAUUGUCCAGUUUAACAUAUGGCCAAUGUCAUGUCAUCAAGGUUAACAUCCUAAUACCCUACGACACAAGCUAAAAAUGGGUUCAUUUUAAGGCAUUGAACUAGGCCUACAGAUGAAAAAAGGCAGGCAAAAAUGUAUCCUAAUGAAACUUAGAUUUGAUUUCAAUAGUUGGCCUUUAAUAUGUUCAGGUCAUAAUAAAUUAUUAAAGGGAUACUUUGGGAUUUUGACAAUGAGGCUCUUUAUGUAGAUCCCCAGAGCCAGAUUAACUUGUAGAUACCAUUUUUGUGUCUCUGUGUCCAGUAUGAAGUAAGUUAGAGGUAGUUUUGCGAGCCAUCGCUAACUAGCGUUAGCUCAGCAACUGGAAGUCUAUGGGUAUCUACUAGCAUAAUAGCAGACUUUGAGUCAUUGCACUAACACUAGUUAGCACUGACUCGCAAAACUACCCUAACUUCCUUCAUACUGGACACAGAGAUAUACAAAUUGUAUCCACGAGUUCAUUGGAUUCUGGGGAAGUGGAUAAAGGGCCUAAUUGUCAAAAUCCUGAAGUAUUCCUUUAAUAGAAAAUGUGUAUUCAUUGAAGAACCGGAGUAUAUAAAGGUGCUCAAGAUAGUUUGAAUUUGAAAGAUUUUGGAACAUCUCCUUUGAUGAUUACUAAAUUAAGGUUUUGAAAUACUGUAAAUAGGAAUGAUAUCAUUAACAGUUAAAGAAAAUGGGUUUCCAUGCUCCCAGAUUUAUCAUGCAGUUCUACAACCCACUGUAGGUUUAAGUGUAAUUGCUGAUAAGUGCGCUGGUCACAGUGUGUAUGGAUAACCCAUAUUUGACUGUUUUAAGACCCUUUUCAUAGCAUGUAGUAUCAUGCUUUUGAUUUAACCCUGUGUUGUAGCCGUACUGAAAAUGAUUACCUCUUUUGUUUUGUAUCUGUAAGUUAUUAUCAGGCAUCCAUCCAACUUUUGUUAUUAUUUUCAGCUAAAUGUAUCAUCUCAGGUACAAUAUGGCACACUGCUUUCUGGUAUUUGUGACAGAUGGAUGGUUUUAAUGUUUGCCUCUUACAUUUUGUACAAUAAGCUGAGGUAACUGUUAAAAGAAGCAAUGACAUUCAUUUGGUUGUCAGUAAAUCUGAGGAGUAUUUUUGGGAAGUGGGAUCAAUUAGUUAGCAAGCUAAUUCCGAUAUACACUCAGUCUGAAAUUCUGCGGAUUGUAUGCUUAAAAAAGAUGUUAACUUGAUUUGAGCUAAUUUCAGGUUCAUCUUUAUUAAUCAGAAACUCCAGGUUUCAAUGAAACUAUGAAUAUCUAGCUGACAAGAAAUUAAUCCUACAUCAUGAAAUACACCACAAGGACAUAUUAUUUGUUUUGUAUGUUUUUGAUUUAACUAAUGUUUAGUUGCAUUGUUUAGUUUUCUUAGGGUAAUUGAAAUUCAUUUAAUAACAUCUAGUUUGUCUGUUUUGACUUUCCGAUAUGUACUUCAUAAAAAUGCAUUCAACUUUUCACAUUUGUUUAAUAAAAGGGGCACAUUUUAUGACCCUCUUUAUGUUCAGACAA